AUGGGCCUUCAAGAUGUGGCAGUUGAUCCGGUCACGAUUGUUAUCAAAGAAUGUAUGACUUUAUCAACAGCAAUGAGAAAAUACACUCGAUAUGCUUCGCAAUCUGGUGUAGCGGCAUUGCUAGGGGGUGGAAGCGAAAUAUUCAGCAACCAAGACAAUUCUUUAGCUGAUACGUUUAAUAAUCUAUCUUCAAGCAAGCAUAAUGAUCCGUUAUUAUCGGGUUUCAUCCAGUUAAGAUUAAUGUUGAAUAACUUAAAGAGUCUGUCUGAUGUUGAUUCUCUAACCGUCUUACAGCCGUUUUUGUUAGUAAUCAGCACUGGAACCACAUCUGGCUAUAUCACGUCGUUAGCUUUAGAUUCGAUUCAGAAAAUUUUAAAUUACAAUAUCAUUAACGAAAAUUCCAAGAACUAUGUUGGUGCCAUCAGACAAACAGUGAGCUCCUUAACACACUGUCGUUUUGAAGGAUCAGAACAAUUGUCGGAUGAUUCUGUGUUGCUGAAGGUUCUAUCGUUGAUAGAGACUAUUGUUGUUUCUAAUUUUGGUUCAGUGUUAUCAGAUUCGUUGAUGAAUGAAGUAAUACAAACGGUUAUUUCGUUAGCUUGUAAUAAACGGAGAAGUGAAGUACUAAGGAAAGCAGCUGAAAUGAGCAUGCUAGCAAUAACGGUGAAAAUAUUUCAUAAAUUGAAAUAUAUUGAGCCAUCUACUACUCAAAAAUAUAUUAAUGAUGAAAGUUUUUCAACCACCAUUCUUAAAGAGGACCUAAUUGGGACUAAUGAAAACCCAACUCUGGAUAGCCCUCGCAGUAGUGAUAUACCUACCAUAUCUGAUGGUCUUGAUGGCGAAAAAGCUCAACAUGAACUAAAGAGAGAAGAGUCGAUAGAAGAAAACUACGGUCUUCCUUUGAUAAAGGAUUACUUAGGCAUUUUAAUUUCGUUAAUUGUCGUCGAGAAUUCUCACAAGCAAAGUAAUUCGACGAAGGUAUUUGGAUUACAUCUGUUGAAUACAGCUAUUGAAGUCGCAGGCGAUAAAUUUCCAGAAUAUCCGAGGUUGUUUAGUUUGGUUUCUGAUCCAAUUUUUAAACACAUAUUAUUUUUGAUUCAGAAUAGUGACAAAUGGUCUCUUUUACAAGCAGCGUUACAGCUUUUCACAACUGUGACAAUUAUUUUGGGUAACCGUUUACAAAGUCAAAUCGAAUUGACUUUAGAGUCAAUCUUUGGGAUAUUAUUGGAUGAAAAAAAGGGGGCAGAUUCAAAAUUAAGACCUUCUGCAGUCAAAGAAUUAUUAAUUGAGCAGAUAUCUAUUUUAUGGACAAGAUCACCUUCCUUUUUUACUUCUAUUUUCAUCAAAUAUGACUGUGAUCUUGAUAGAUCCGAUUUGGCCAUUAAUUUUCUCAAGGGGCUAUCUAAGUUAGCAUUACCAGAGUCCGCUUUAACAACUGCUGACAGUGUACCACCAAUAUGCUUAGAAGGAUUGAUAUCGGUGAUAGAUGACAUGUACAACCAUAUGCAAAAUUCAGCAAAUUCUUUUAAUGCUAACCAACAAUUAGAUAUUCUAACUCAGCGUGAAAGAAAGACCGAAUUCAUUAAAUGUGUUGAAGAAUUUAAUAAAAAACCCUCUCUGGGUAUUACCUCAUUAAUAGAGAAAGGUUUUAUUAAGAGUUCUUCUGAAGAUGAUAUUGCUGCCUUUUUAUUUGAGAACAAUGGGCGUUUGAACAAGAAAACAAUUGGCGAAUACCUUGCGAAUCCUGCUAAAAUAUCGUUAUUAAAGAAAUUUAUUGACUUGUUCGAUUUCAAAGACUUGCGGGUAGACGAAGCAAUUAGGAUUUUGUUAACAAAAUUUAGAUUGCCUGGAGAAGCACAGCAAAUUGAACGAGUUGUUGAAUCAUUUUCAGCCAAGUAUGUGGAUAGUCAAGAUUAUAGCAAAGAAAUACCUGAAAAUGGUAAAGCUACCGGCACUUCUGAGGUACAGCCUGAUGCCGACUCCGUGUUUAUUUUAAGUUAUUCUAUCAUCAUGUUGAACACCGAUCUACACAAUCCUCAAGUAAAGAAGCAUAUGACCUUGGAUGAUUACACCUAUAAUCUGAAAGGGUGCAACAACCAGAAAGAUUUUCCUAUGUGGUACUUGGAAAAGAUUUACUACUCUAUUAGAGAUAAAGAAAUUGUAAUGCCAGAGGAACAUCAUGGAAAUGAAAGAUGGUUUGAUGAUGCAUGGAACAAUCUAAUUUCUUCCACUACAGUGAUUACUGAAGUAAUAGAAGUACAGCAUGAUGUAAUAGAAGACUUUGGUUACGAUUCUUUAUUGUUUUUUGACAAAUGCAUCUUUGAUCAUGUAGGUUCUUUGAUUGUUUCUACCCUAUUCAAAAUAUUUGAUGUCGCUUCCGAUGAUCAUAUAAGCACAAGAAUGUUGACUACCAUUGAUAAAUGUUCCCAAUUGUCUGGGUUCUUUGGCUUCAACAAGCUUUACAAUGAAAUUUUACUUGAAAUGAUUAAGAUAACUACUUUAACGGGGGAGAGAAGGAGACUUUUAAAGAAUUACGAAUUUGAAGAUAUUCCUGUUGUACAAAUUCAUAUCGAAGAUACGAUGGAAACUAUCGUUGUGUCAUCUAUUUCUGUUAGAUUAGGUCAGGAUUUUAAAGGACAGUUAUCAACAGUGGUACUUUCUAGAAUAUUACAAAAUAACCAGAGAAAUCCUAUAACUGAAGAUGUAUGGAGACAAUUAAUUAAUGUCACCAUUAUCUUGUACGAAAAUUUAAUGAUAAACCCCAACAUUUAUCCAGAUUUACAGCAGGUUUUAUCAUUGGAACCACUUCCCAAACCAAGUGCUGAAUAUGAAAUCAACAAAUCUAAGUAUACAAAGGGCCUAUUUUCUACUUUUGCAUCCUAUUUGAAAGGCGAUGAGGAACCAACUGAAGAAGAAAUCAGCUGGUCCUUGAAAGGCUUGGAAUGUAUCCUGAAUAGUAAGUUUAUUAUUUCCACAUUUAGAAACAAGCAGAAUCUGAAUCCCGAUAUUAUUAGGUUGCUAUUAGAUUCCUUAAAAAUGGAAUACAAUAGUGAAAAUUCUAGGUUUUUUGAAUCCGAAAUCUUGUUUAUGGUUGAACUUGCUGUAUAUUUAUUUCAUAUCUACAAUCAUGACGAAGAAUAUGGCAGUUUGCUACUUAAUAAACUGGAUGCUGUAUGUGAUAUCCGCGGAGUUUCAAAAGAUUUCUUUCAACGGUUACUUAUCUACAAGAUAUUCAUUAUUACAAAGUUGAGAAAACACUCUCAACUAUUGGGUUUAAUAAAAAGUGAGUUGUUGUUCAAAAAUGAGUUAUAUGACUCUGCUUUUUUUUCUGGUAAUAUUGGUGAUGUUGUGUUAAACAAGUUGUUAUUAUUGGCUUCAGAAGAUAAGUUUUCUAAUGAACUGCUCAAUAGUGAGGAAUUUUGGAAGCUAUUAAGAAAGUACGCUUCAUUAAAGCAACACGUAUUAACAAUUUAUAACUUCCUGGAUGUCAGAAUCAUAAAGCAUCAGGAUGUGAUCAAUGGGGAAAACUUCAUGUGGUUGCUUGGUUUAUUAGAUGAAAUAUCUUCUAUCGGGGCUGUCGGAGGACAAUGGGAAGAAGAAUAUGAACGUUUGAUAAAAAGUGGUCAUAAGGUAGACAAAGAGAACCCUUACCAGGAAAUAGUCGAGAUCUCAUUAAAAUCUAUUAAUUUGACAGCCCAAUUGAUUAAUGUGAAACAACAUUUGGUUAAAGCUGAGAUGGUUGCUUUGGUACAAGCCUUGGCGCAUCAAUGUUUGAAUCCAUGUUAUCAGUUACGUCUCUAUGCGUUGUCAUCAUUGGAGGAUAUAACGACCAGAAAUAUUAUUUUAUCAAAUGAGACUAUAAGUGUUUCCGAAUUAUUUGAGCAUGGAUUGUUCCCUCUGAUUGAUAGCCGUAAAAAUGUGAACACUUUACCAUUGUUUGAUAUAAUGUCUGUUUUAUCAAAAGUUUACCUCUACCAUCUAAAACGUGGUGAAACUAAUGACGAAACAUACAUGAAAGUCCAAAAUAUAUUUAACAAGUAUAUGGAACAUCCUAAGAUCGAAGAAAAGUUGCAAGAAUUGAUUACAGCGAAGAAGGAAAUUGAGAAGGAAUUACAGAGCAGUACAGAGUCGGCUGCAUCCGUCAUGAUAAAGGAAAAUUCAAACAACUCCACCACUGCUACGGAUGAGAUUUCCGGGAUAUGA